GAAUCAGAGGGGAAUAAGAACAUGAGUUGGGUGCAAUCAUUUGCCACCCUUUUUGUUUUGCUUUCGGUUAAAAAGGGUGAAAGAUUCUCUCUUUCUCUUUGUUUUGGAACCCCCUAAUGAGAUUAAGGAGGAGCAGGAAAUGCUUUCCUUCUUGCGCUUUCCUUCACCAAGUUGAUGAGGAUGAGGUUUAUUGGACACAGAAGAGCAAAAGCAGGAAGGAGUUGGGGAGACGUGGUUCAGCUCGAGUGAUACCACAGUUAGUUCAAUGCUUUGUUAAUGCUAUGGUUGGACCACGAUCAUGGACAGGACUCUUUAGCCGCUCAAGACGUAGUGAGAAGUAUGCUGAGUACCCUUUGAGUCCUAUGCAGGAGCUGAGACUUUUGAGGCUUCAAGAACGACUACAAGUACCUUUUGACGUGACUCGCCCUGAUCAUCGAGAAGCCUUGAAAGCAUUCUGGCAUGCUGCCUUUCCAGAUGUUGCUCUCAGUGGUUUGAUCUCUGAGCAAUGGAAAGAGUUGGGUUGGCAAGGUCCUAACCCAUCAACUGACUUUAGGAGUUGCGGUGUUAUUGCCCUUGAGAACUUGAUUUUCUUUGCCAGAACUUAUCCUGCAUCUUUCCGAAGAUUAUUGUUCAAGCAAGGUGGGAGACGAGCAACCUGGGAAUACCCAUUUGCUGUUGCUGGCAUAAACAUUUCAUUUAUGUUGAUUCAGUUGUUGGAUCUUUGGUCAGCAAGACCAAGGUGUCUUCCCGGGAUAAAUUUCGUGAAAUUAUUAGGAGAAGAUGAAGCUGCUUUUGAUGUACUAUUCUGUAUAGCUUUCGAAAUGGUGGAUGCUCAAUGGCUUGCUAUGAAUGCAUCCUACAUGCAGUUUAAUGAUGUUCUGCAAGCAACGCGUACGCAGUUGGAAAGAGAACUAUCUUUAGAAGAUACUCAGAGGAUACAAGAUUUACCAGCUUAUAAUCUGUUGUACCAGUAGCUUUUUGGUACUUGGUAGUAGAGAAAAACAUUAGCACUGUGCUUGAACUCGAAAAUAUUGGAAUGAAUUCAAAGAUUAACACAUGACAAUAACAGACUGCAUAAAAUUGUGGG